AUGCAAAAUGCUGACGAUUCUGAUCUCACUUACACAAAGUCAGACCGCAUUGAUCGUUCCAAGGACAAAGGUUUAACUAUUUCCUGGACCACUUUGAAGCAGGAUAAAUUAUUUAGGAAGAAAUUCAUACUGACUCUGGCCUACUUUGCGUCGUAUUUUGCUGAAGGAUGGAUCGAAGGUCAGUUUGGACCAACUUUUCCCGACCUUUUAUUCCUUACAAACACGUCUCUGAAAAAGGGAUCCUUAUUCUUCAACAUGUACACGGCAGGAUUUCUUCUGGGCUGUGUAAUCAUGGGUUUACUGUAUGAUAAAAGAGUUACAGACAGAAACCUACUGAUGUUUGUUACGACACUAGGAUUCGGCAUCAUAAACGCAGUUAUACCAUGGUUUGGGUUAUAUGAGAUCAUGGUUAUCUUACAUAUACUAAAAGGAAUGUUUGGUGGCGGUUUGGAUACGUGUGCAAACGCAGCUCUAAUGACCACGUGGGGAAAUAAAGGUGACAUAUUCUUCAAUGUAUUACAUUUUUCCUUUGCUUUUGGAGGAAUUCUGUCUCCGGUGUCUUCAGCACCCUACGUUAUGUCACAAAAUGACGUCAGCAGCCUCGAUUUCAAAGUUAAUUUAUGCACUUCAUAUAAUAAUACGUAUAAUCCAACAUUUGAUCCAGAUGAAAACAAUUUUAGUGACGUUUCAUGUGAUAGAGAAAAAGCAAAAGAGGAAAUUGAACAUACCAAGAGGUCACAAAAACGGUUACGAUUGAUGGGAUUUGUCAAUAUGGCCGUCUAUGUGGGAGUUUACUAUGGAAUAGUGGACACAUUUGCAGGUUUCCUUACAACAUUUGUUGUGUCAGAAUUAAAAUGGACGAAUUCUGAAGGGAACUACAUUACCUCAGGACACUGGACAUUGUUUGCCGCGGCACGUUUUCUUGGAAUAUUCCUAGUUGACUGCAUAAGUCCAGCAAAAAUGAUAUUCAUCUACAACUUAUUGAUGCUGGUCUCUACUUUUGUUUUUUUAAUCACGUCACUGUAUGACGUAACAAUAGGAGUUUGGUUCUCUGCGUGCCUUCUAGGAUUCGCUCUAUCCGUGAUUUUUCCUGCAGUGGUCAUGUGGACAGAAACUAAAUUUGUACGCGUGACCGGAAAGAUAGCGUCCAUUUUUCUAGUUGCUGCUUCUGUCGGAAGUUCGAUUAAUCCCCCAAUUCUUGGAAUUUUAAUGGAAAACUUUACACCCAUGUGGUUCUGUUAUCUGUUAUUCGCAGAAACAGUUUUUAUGAUGGUGUUGUAUUUCACGGGUUUGUUAAUCUCUAGAAGAAUUAUGACUAAAGUUCCUAGCUUGGCGGAUCAAGACCUUACUGUUAACAUAUGUGAACAAUCUGAGGGAUGA